CGCUCCCCCAAUCUCGAGAUAUCGAGAGAAAAAAGAAUUAUUUCAAGUCAACAUUUCAUACCUCUACUUGUUAGUUACAGGAUAGCAAUUUCUGCUUUAGUCGCCACGUUUGUUGCUAAUUCGAAUCAUCCAUUGUUUCAAUCGAAGAACCGCUUGCGUUUUUUAGUUUUCCGUUUUGCAAGAUACGAAUACGGCUACUGUUGGUUGCGAAACAAUCAUGUUCAACAGCAUCUCCUGGGGCGAGCUCGCCGUCCUAGGGGGCGUGGGGAUGGCAAUCACGGGAAAACGCGACCUCCCGAGGGCUUGCCGCUUUGUCGGCCACCAGCUCGGGCGGGUGGUGGGCUUCCUACAGGGUGGGAGGGCCCGUCUCGAUUCUUUCGCCCACCAAAAUGAGCUUAAGAGCCUGCAAAACGAGCUACGGUCUGGUCUUCGGGAACUGGACCGGGUCAAGACGGAACUAGCGGUGGCGGCAAGCUCGAGGGGGGCACUCGGGCGGGGGCUAGGGCCAACGACAGCUUCCGCGAACCACACCAAGAGCGCUACAAUCGAUAGCAACAGUAGUCUCGGAAUGAUCUCAAACCAAUAUAACAAAAACGAUAUCAUCAACGGGGAGCACAAGACGCUCGAUGCUGCGAUUCAAAGCGCCAUUGCCGGCUCCUCCACCAGCCAGAGAGAGCGCACCGCAGAGCAUCCACCGAAACCGCUCGGAAUCGAGUUCGAUGUGACGAUGGUCGAAACGGAACCCGAGAACAAUACUAUGAUCGACAACAAGGGCAACACUGCCCUCUCGCUUUCGCAGCAACACCUGCCGCCAGCCGCGCAGAGCGAGCGGGCAACAAUGGAAGAAGAAUGGAACAAGCAGGGGAUUGGCUUCCGGGCGCGUGCGGAAACCGGAUCAUGGAACUCAGACGCAACCACCACUUCUGGCGACGAAACCCGCGACACGACACGGGCUACGGGGAGCGAGCUGUUGGAAGACCUAGAGCGCAGCUGCCUGAUAUUCGAUCAAUACGAUCGGGUGGUGGGGGAACAAGAAGCGGAAACGGAGCGACGGAUCAAGCGGAUCCGAGACGAACGAACAGACGCAAGGGAGCGAGACAAGUUUCAGUGACCAAAAACUCUAGGGAAGCCGAGGCAUGGCAAACGAAACAGUGCGUCACACGCACCCAUCGAAAGCAACUAAGCGAUCAACAGAGUGAUAGCAAUCGCAGUUGCAAUCGCGACUGAGAAGGAUAACUACUUAUAGAAACAAAGAAUUUUAAUGCUG